AUGAAGAGGUCAAAUCCAAACUUCAGGAAGCUUUGGUACGCCAACGUCUUUGAUGCUGCCAAUGACGAAUAUGUGAAGGAUGCUCAGAUAAAUACGGACGCUUUGCUACGAUCGAAGUUCCAUUCAGCUUCGUUCACUAAGAAUAAGCAACGGAAGGGCACUCCUAUGGGUGCUGACGAUAUUAUAGAGGCUGUGAAACCGCUGGCUUUGAAGGUACCCGUUCCUCUGAGGGAAGAAGUACCGAAUCUACCGCUGAGUGAUUUGCUUAAAGCUUUGCAUUAUUAUAGCAGCCAUAGUGGGUUGCAAGAACAUUCAUGUGAUGAAACUGCGUUGCUAAGUUUAGGUAUGCUUGUGGAACAGUGGGCUGACGAGCUCGUUACCGAUGAUUUUGCUAAGAUGUUUGCGGAGCCAGAGAAACUGCUAGAUGGAAAGAUGCUUCCCAAAGAGGAUAUACACUGGGAGAAACUCGAGCCACACGGCGAGGUUUCUGAGUCUGAAGAGUCUGACUUGAUUUCUUUGAAUUUGGGCUCUGAUGAAGAGGUGGUUGCUUCGAAUGAUGCUGGUAAUACUUUAGCUAAAGCAUCAUCACUGUCACAUACUGAAAGCUACACAGGUAGUUCGAUGGGGACACCGUCUCUACCUGCUACGCGACAAGUUGAAGCAAGUGAAUCUUCACAUGAGGCAGAAGGCACAGACAGUGAGUCCAGCUCCGACGACGAAGACUCUUCAGAUUCAGAUUCAGAUUCAGAUUCAGAUUCAGAUUCAGAUUCAGAUUCAGAUUCAGAUUCAGAUUCAGAUUCGGAUUCAGAGCUAGCGAGCUCUGAUUCUCUUAAUGACUUCAUAUCGCAAGACGAAGAGGACACGCAACGAAAACCCAGGCCAGUUAUAAGCCCAGAAUCUGACUCAUCUGGUUCUGAUCAAAACGCCAAAGACUCAAGUUCCGAUUCUGACCCAGUGGAGAGCUCCUCCGAUUAA